ACAGACCUCUGGCUCCCUUUUGAGGCUGCUUUAGGCCCAUGAUUGACCUCAUAGCUUUUGUUAAGAUUUUUUUUAACUGAAGUUUCACAGUGAAGGAUGGGGCCAUGUUUUACAAGACUGGUAGCCUCCGCAAAUACCAAAUAGGUCCCAGCUCUCUGUAGAACUGGCAACUCCCAAUGUACCUCUCCUGACUGUCUAUCCAAGCGCAAACGCUCGUACCACAUUGCCUACCACAGCAGCAAAUAUUAACUAGGGGACUUACAGCAAGAUUGGAUUCAGAGCAAAAAUAAAAACGUUGAAUUGCAGUACAGGACUGCAUCUUUCUAUAGUUGCCAAUCUUUCCAGAGUGACUUUCUCCCACUACAUCAGUUAAGCAUUUGGGCUCUGAAUUAAUCUCUGCUUGUGUGAAUGAGGUACACUAUUAAAUAGAAAUUUUCCUAUUUCCAGUUGUAUUGGCACAACAAAAUAACUACUUAUACUACACAUUAUUGCUCUCCAAAAAUCUCAGCCCCCAUUCAAAAGGGUUAUAGAAGCAGCCCAGUCCUCUACCUAGGAUGAAAUUUAAUUAAAAAAACUAAAAGAUGUUCAUUUUUUUUCCUUUUUUGCAACAUUAUUUUUUCCUAUAGUGUGAUGAUGUCAGCUUUGUCUAAAGAUAAACUGUUUUCUGCAAUGAAGAAGAGGGGGAGCAUGUGUUCCCCAAAUAAUCAUGAGUUCCGACAGAAGGAAGGUCACUGGCGGGUCAAAAAUUCUGUCUGUACAGUGUCCCACUCGGAUGAGCCCAGCCAUCAUGAUGAAUCCUCUGGCCUUCGAGUCCGGAUGGAAAACACCUACCAGUUAGGUCCCACCAAACCUUUCCCCGUGGCCACUGUCAAUCGUAUUUUGGAAGAUGUACUAACUACCUACCUACAAGAAGCAAAGUAUGACCCGGAGUUUUGCAGACAAAUGACUAAAACAAUUUCUGAGGUUAUUAAGACCCAGGUCAAGCAGUUAAUGAUUCCGCGGUAUAAACUAAUUGUGACCGUUUACAUCGGACAGCGGGAUGAUCAGAGCAUAGUUAUUGGCAGCAGAUGCCUCUGGAAUCCUAAAAGUGAUACCGUCUCAUCCUAUACUUUCAAAAAUCCUACUCUCUUUGCCCUUGCAAAUGUCUAUGCAGUUUACUUUGAGUGACUGAAAAAACGGUCCACGUGUCUCAAAAUCGUGAAACAGGCUGGGUGUCUCUAUCCACAAAAGUUCUACCGGCAAAAGCUGUGGGAAAGAGACAAGAUGAAGAUUUCAAAGGACUGCAAGCUUCCAUCACGCUUGUGAGGACUGGCGGAGGGGGAGGGGAGCCUAAGAAAACAGUCUUGUUUGUUCAAAGCAGAAGUCAGUGCGGUUCACAUAAACAAAAACACCAGCUAAA